CUCUGAACUUUCUGCGCCUAGCCCUGUAGACGAUACAGUCCCAGUUUUGUAUCUAUGGAGUUUCUAGUUUUUCCUUAGAUUUAUUCUUUUCCUGUUAGAUUGUAGCACAAUUGACGAAUAAAUUUGAUCUAUCUAGGGUUAGGAGGUGCGGAUCCGCGCUGAGAUUGGAGGCGAUCAUAAUCGUUUCAAAAACUAGGGUUUCCCACCUGUGUUGAUUGCCGCCACUGCUACUUACCGGAUACACUGAUUGAUAGAAAUAGAAAGAUCAUUUCCGUGUUACAGUUGUGAUCUGUAGAGAUUUUUGUUGUUUUACUUUGUAAUUCAAAGCGUUUUUUCUAUUUUUGAAAGCUGGGAUCGCUCUUUUGUGGUCGGGCAAUUGGGCGUAUUUUUUUGUGUGUCAAAUUGUCGGUAUAGUUGGGAUUGGGAUCGGUGGCUAGGGUUUUGAUUUUUUGGAUUCAAUAGAAAAUAAGUCUUCUGCUGUGGGGGAGAAUGGAUAAGAAGAAGGCUGCGGCUCCCUUGGUUUGCCAUGGGCAUUCUCGCCCGGUUGUUGAUUUGUCCUACAGUCCGAUUACGCCUGAUGGUUUCUUCCUCGUCAGUGCAAGCAAGGACUCAACACCAAUGUUGAGAAAUGGAGAAACUGGAGAUUGGAUCGGAACCUUUCAGGGGCAUAAGGGUGCAGUAUGGAGUUGUUGCCUGGAUAAAAAUGCUCUUCGUGCAGCUUCUGCAUCAGCUGAUUUUUCCGCAAAACUCUGGGACGCAUUAACUGGGGAUGAACUACUUUCAUUUGAACACAAGCACAUAGUUCGAACAUGUGCCUUUUCCGAGGAUACCCACCUAUUGCUCACCGGAGGGAUGGAAAAACUCCUGCGCAUAUUUGAUCUGAAUCGACCCGAUGCACCAGCCCGGGAAAUCGAAAAGUCCCCCGGAUCAGUCCGAACUGUCGCUUGGCUCCACAGCGACCAGACAAUCUUAGGCUCCUGCACUGAUACCGGCGGAGUGAGAUUAUGGGAUGUAAGAACGGGCACAAUUGUCCGUACCCUCGAGACCAAAUCUCCCGUAACCAGCGCUGAAGUGAGCCAAGAUGGCCGCUACAUAACAACUGCCGAUGGUUCGACUGUCAAGUUUUGGGAUGCAAAUCACUUCGGGUUGGUGAAGAGUUACGAAAUGCCCUGCGUUUCGGAGUCGGCUUCGCUGGAGCCGACUUAUGGCAAUAAGUUUGUCACCGGCGGUGAAGACAUGUGGAUUCAUAUAUUCGAUUUUCACACCGGCGCAGAAAUUGGGUGCAACAAGGGACACCACGGGCCGGUCCACUGCGUGCGGUUCUCGCCGGGCGGCGAAUCGUACGCGUCCGGGUCGGAAGACGGGACGAUCAGAAUAUGGCAGAUGGGUCCGUUGACAAACGGGCAGGAGACUUCUUCCGGAAGCGCCAACGGGCCGAUUCUGAAUGCUAAGGAUGGUGGUGGUGCGACAAAUGAGGUAAUUCAUCGGAUUGAGAAUGUGCAUAUUUCUAAGGAUGAUAAGAAAACAGUGAGCAUGAAUUAGAAAGAGGGCUAUGCUUAUGAUAUAUGAAUGAUUGAAAUGGGAUUGUAUCAUCUUCUUAUUACAUACAUACAUACAUACAAAACUACAUUCUGUGUGUUCGUUUUUGCCUGGCCUGAGAGAGGUAUUACGGUAAAUGUUUUUUUAUGUGGUUUUGUGUCUUUUGUAAUAAACGUAUGCUUCAUCCUUUCUUGCUCCCUUCUUCUCUCCCUUGCCUGCAAACAAGACCUGCCGUGGACUCGUAAUCGUGAAGUUAUGGAUUUACUUAGUGUGAUUUGCUUUGUCGGAUCUAACUUACAUGCUGAUAUAUUCAGUCGGGAGAUUACAAUCAAA